AUGAGGAUCAUGGAGCCGUGUAGGCUGCCGCUCGGGUUAGACGGUUCCAGCUUCCGCACGCUGCUGUGGGAGCUGUCGCAAGACGACUUGGCCGCACAGUCGCAACACAGCAUCCUCUUUUAUACCGGGCUGGCCUUUCAGCACGAGGCCCGGCCGUUCUACAUCAAGAUCAAGAUCCAGGGCCGCUUGCGCAAGGUAACAGACCAGAUCAAAAGCAUCUUCCCGCCUCGGGCUAAGCCCAAGCAGGGUACAGCGCUCAUGCUUAUUGGAAUUGACUCGAGCUACAACUCCGGCGAUCCCCUGGACUCGUUCGCACGUGGCCUAAAGGAGGAUAUGUUAAGAAAGAACCGGGAAGCAGUAUCCCGUCGGGUUCCAACCACAGGCCUUCAAAAUCUGCCACCGCCCCCGUACGAGAGAGACGAGAUAAUGCAAGCUCAGGAGGCGGCCAUGACAAAGACAGCAGAAGAGCUUGAGGCCGGUAGGGGCCGUGCCGCCUCCAUCGUCGAGAAGCUGGCGCUUGCGCCGGAAGUCUACUCGUCAAAGGAUGCGAGCGGAUUUGCUUGA